CACCCUGAGAAGAACAAACGCGAUAUUCAUGUCCAGGCAGGCAGCCUUCAGGGAGCCACAGAGGAGGCUGCGGGCACCAUCCACAUCUUGAGCAACCAGCCCAGACCCUGCCUCGGCUCCAGACCCUCAUCGCUAAUCUACCUGACCCACAGCGAUCACCAUGAAAUCCAUCGCUUACCCUUACCUUGGGCUUUUAUGCGCGACUCUGAUCUCAUGCCAGCUACCUCCAGGAAAAAGGAACUUUAAAUGUGGAGGAAUUCGAAGUGGAGAGUCAGGUUUUAUUGGAAGUGAGGGAUUCCCUAGACUCUACCCCCCCAACAGCAAGUGCACGUGGAAAAUCACGGUACCAAAAGGCCAAGUGGUGGCUCUCAAUUUUCGCUUCCUCGAUCUGGAACGUGACACUCUCUGCAGAUACGAUUACAUUGAUGUUUAUGAUGGACACGUCAAUGGUCAACGGUUGGGCAGGUUUUGUGGUACUUCUAAGCCUGGAGCCAUCAUCUCAACUGGCAACAAGAUGAUGGUACAGAUGGUAACCGAUGCCAACACUGCAGGAAAUGGUUUUGUUGCUAUGUAUUCUGCAACUCGGCCAAACCAGAGAAAUGAUCAGUUUUGUGGUGGUCGUUUGGAAAAAUCGCCUGGAUCCUUUAAAACACCCAACUGGCCAGACCAUGACUACCCAGCUGGAGUCUCCUGCUCAUGGCACAUAGUGGCACCCAAACAUCAGAUAAUUGAGUUAAAAUUCGAGAAGUUUGAUGUUGAAAGAGACAACUACUGUCGAUAUGAUUAUGUUUCUAUAUUUAAUGGUGGUGAAAACAACGAAGCAAAACGGAUUGGAAAGUACUGCGGAGACAGUCCUCCAGCGCCAGUUCUGUCCCAAGAAAAUGAAAUCGUUGUGCAGUUCCUGUCAGAUCUAAGCGUCACAGCUGAUGGGUUUCUGGCUCAUUACAAAUUCAGGUCGAAAAAAUUUCUCAGCACAACAACUGCACCAAUCACAGCAUCAACAACAACAACCGUGAAACCUACAGUACCUCCAUGCCAACUGAAGUGUAAGAAAACUGGGACCCUGCGCAGCAAUUACUGUGCUAGUGACUUUGUGAUAACAGGCACAGUUAUAACUGCUGUAACACGAAACGGCAGUAUUCACACAACCAUCUCUAUUAUAAAUAUUUAUAAAGAAGGGACAUUGGCAAUUCAACAAGCAGGGAAGAAUAUGAGCGUCAGAAUAAUUUCAGUCUGUAAAAAGUGUCCAAUCAUUAAACGAGGAUUGAAUUACAUCUUCAUGGGUCAAGUGGAUGAAGCAGGCAGAGGUAGAGUGCUUCCUAACAGCUUUGUCGUGCCCUACAGAUCAAAGAACCAAAGGUUUCUGAACAACUUGAAAAACAGACGAUGCUAAACACACAAUGACAGCAGAGACUUUAUUUUUUAUUUAUGGUGCUGGAAAUCGUGUAUUGAUAGUUUUCUUUAAUUGAUUACUAAGUGCACUUCUUAACAGAUAGGUGGCUUUCUGCAGGUAAAUAGAAGCAUUCAAAUAUAAAGUUGGUGAAAUGUGUCUAACUAAAGGUGCUGCCAUGGGUUUGGAUGUCUGUCAUGGAUAUACCAAUCCUUGUACUGGCAGGAAAAAAAAGUCUGAACAGAAUGAUUAGCCCCAAAGUCGUGUUGAGUUUGGAACUGUCUCUUUAUUUAUAACAAUGAUGACAGAAAUUGAACCUAUGUUUAUCUUAUAUACUUAUAUAUUGUAAUAGAUUAUAUAGGUCUUAAGUGCAAUAACUUAAAAGUACAGCGAUGAUUUGUGAUGUUUUAUGACUAGUUUGUUUGCAACUGGUGUUUUGUUUUUGUUUCAUGUUUCUCCAACAGUCACUCUUUGCAUAAUGUAUCUGCUGCUUAAUAAAAAAAUGUUUUAUUUG